GUGAAAUUUCCGGAUGUUUGAAGAAUUGUCUUAGUCACGUAAUCAUGAUCGUGACACAGCGAACACAUCUGAUCUCUCUCGCUUAGUGGCUCGCAAAUAUAAUGGUCUUUCAUUGCGAAAGUAAUGAUCAUGGAUACUAUCAAUAAGCUUCUGCUAACAGCCUCUGAAUUCACAGGUUUCUCCACCGACAAGGUAUAUGUUUAUAAUUAGCUAUUUUAAGUUCCUGACUACUGAGCGAGAACAAUGUUUAGUUUGCAUUACGCACAUAUCAUCUCUCUUACAUUUUCACUAAUUACUUAUCUUCUUUUCUAGAUCAGCUUUCUGUUUUGCAUGUUGUUAUGUGUUCCUCUGGGGCUCGUGUUUCGACUCGUUUUACACCCGAGCAAAGUUUCUACGACGACAAGACGAGUGACUGGUCUUGUUUGGGGGGUCGCCCUUGUCGUUUUCUGUUUCGGAUGGUAAGCAAUUUCCAUGUUGUUCUGUUUAGUGGUCUAAGAUACGAGACGUAAGUAUUCUGAAUCACGAGGAGAGAGCUACGAUAGAGCUAGAAUAGUUUCAAAGAAGACCUUAACAAACAAUAGUCAUUCAAUGGAGUCCUACGGCGUGCGUAACGAGAAUAAUAAAACCUUGGCCAGAUCACAAAGUGAGCAAGUUAAUCUUCAGCGGUAACGACAAAGAUCAAACUGUUCUAAAUCAUACGGAUUAAAAACACACACGACAAUGGCCUUAGUUAUUAAACCUUCCACCCAAUACUUUGGUUCGAAUUCAAAAUAGCAGUCUAUUACUCUCACCAUAGUUAAGUAAUCUUUCAUCAGAGGCGGCUUAAAUAAUUCGGCAUUUGGCUGUUUUUUCUUUCUUUAUUUUGUAUUUCUUUGCAAGAAAUGUCUAUCACCUCGACGCUCAUUCACACGGAAAUGUGUUCAGUAACUGAACAAUCAACAAACAUAAGUAAUGCAUAUUUGCCAAUAUCAUUAACCAAUAUUGUAAAACAGUGUGUAAAACUCAAAGCCGAUAUCUCGCUUCUUCUCUUCCAUCACUCCCCAGUCAUUUUUGCAUUGUUGCGGUAGGGUCAUCAGAUGUUUGCAAAGUAUUCAAAAAACUUUACUAGUACUAGUAAAAACAUUUUUAGCAAAAAACUUUAACAGUGGAAGUUAAAGAAACAAAUUUAUUAAAUUACACAAUGUAUACUAAUAAAUGGAGAAAAGGGCAAAAAAGAAACGACAUUUUGCGAGAAAAUGCAUUUAGUAGUAUUUAAAGACAAUAUACAAUAAAGUACAAUAAUACAAUAACCUUUAUUUAACGUGGUUCUUAGCUAAUUAGCUACUUUACAGACAUGCCAAUAUACUAAGAAAUGGAGAAACGGGCAAAAAAGUAACGACGUUUUAGCGAGAAAAUAGAUUUAUUAGUAUUUAUAUAUAUUAUACUAAUAAAUGGAAAAACGGGCAAAAAAGAAACGACUUUUUAGCGAGAAAAUGUAUUUAUUAGUAUGUAAAUAUAAUAUACUAAUAAAUAAAUGGAAAAACGGGCAAAAAAAUAACGACUUUUUAGCGAGAAAAUGCAUUUAUUGGUAUUUAAAUAUAUUCUACUAAUAAAUGGAAAAACGGGCAAAAAAACGACUUUUUAGCGAGAAAAUGCAUUUAUUAGUAUUUGAAUAAAAUACACUAAUAAAUGGAAAAACGGGCAAAAAAGUAACGACUUUUUAGCGAGAAAAUGCAUUUAUUAGUAUUUGAAUAAAAUAUACUAAUAAAUGGAAAAACGGACAAAAAAGAAAGGACUUUUUAGCGAGAAAAUGCAUUUAUUAGUAUUUGAAUAAAAUAUACUAAUAAAUGGAAAAACGGGCGAAAAAGAAACGACUUUUUAGCGAGAAAAUGCAUUUAUUAGUAUUUAAAUAUAAUAUACUAAUAAAUAAAUGGAAAAACGGGCAAAAAAGAAACGACUUUUUAGCGAGAAAAUGCAUUCAUUAGUAUUUAAAUAAAAUAUAAUACUGAAAGGAAAAGGCAUUUUAGACAGAAAAGGAACGGACAAAACACUUCGAAAGCAGGAGAGAAAGAAAGCUACUUUCUACUGUUAUUCUGUCUCACUUAACAGGAGAUACUUGGUGGAAGCUUCAAUUGGUAAUUUUGUUUUUCCUGUACCCUUUACUUCCUUUUAAAUUAUAGUAUUUUUCCUCUCUAUCUUUCGUGUGUUGCAACCGUAUACAAGGUAAUUUAAUUAUUGUAACUACUCAGCUCGUUUAGUUCUUUUUGCUAUUCUGAGUAGUUUUUUGCCUGUCUCUUUUAAUUCAAGCUGUCCUUGUAAGUUUUAAGUUGGCAAAAUAAAAAGGUUGGUUGGUUGUUGUUGUUGUUGUUGUUGUUGUUAUUCCGGUUGGCGGGAUCUCUAGUCUACCCAGAAGAAAAGCUGUUUUUUCUCAGUCACGCUGUUCGCUUCCACAUUUUCACCUUCCCCGGCCCAGUCCAUUUCAGUGCAGUUACGAAAAUAAAAAGGAGGCUGUUUUUUGGGGGGUGCAUUAGAGAACGGGGUUGAAAGAAAUGUAAAGAGACGUUAAUUGACCUCUUUUAAAAUUGCGUUAUUUCCCAUAAAAGUUACCCUGUAACAACACCCACCCUUUGAAAAUCUCGCUAAAAGGUCAAGCCUUUUUCGCCCAUUCCAUAAUUUACUAGUAUAAUUUACUUAUAUACCAUGAAAUGAAUUUCGCGAAAAGUCAUUUCUUUUUUGUCAAUUUUUCCAUUUAUUAGUAUACAGUAACAUUAAGAAAAUUAAUGAAAAAUAUUUUUCACUGUUAAAGAAUUUUGAAAAAAAUUUUUUUUACCAGUACUAGUAAAGUUUUUUAAAGAUAAAAACUUUGUAAAAAUAUGAAUUCCCUCGCGCUUGUUAAAUCACGAAAAUACAUUUCUUGUCAGUCAGUCUUUCAAGGUUUCCUUGCAUUUCUUUCAUUUGAUUAUUGAAGUAAUUCAUCAGAAAAUUGACAUUCAACAUCAGGCUAAAGACUAUCUAAAUUUCAAAUUAGGGAAACUCAAAGAAAUACAUAGACGUAUUUCAAGAAAGUCAAAUACAGGUGGCCAAAUUCCCUACCAGCAGAGGCCUCUUUUCUCUGGUAUUCGGUGGGCCGGAGGAAAAAAAACGGUAUUCGGCGGGCCGGAGGAAAAAAAAACGGCUGGGUACGGAGCAGACUAUGAAGUUGCAUGUUUCUUCUGUCCUUUGCCGAUUUAUGGCUAUUAUAUGGGUUUCAUUGGAAACGGUUUGUUCUUAGCCGAUUUUGUUUCAACCCUUUUACAUUCGUAGGUUUCAGAAACAGUUAGUUUAGGAAACACUUUCGAAAACACUCGAUUUUCCCCUAUACAAGUCCUUAAAUUUCGAACGUUGGGCCAUCUGUGAUUCAAAUUGAUACCUAGCUCCUUUGCUUGGAUGUUUGAAACAAAAGAAAUAAUUUUGAGCCUCAAGGUUAUUCUCUGAUCGCGAGGGAAGUGUGAAUUUUAAUUUCUCGAAACUGGUCUAUUUGUAUAGGUAAUAGCAUGAUUUGAACGGCGUCGCCUUCUUCAGGCUUUUUUUCCGCAUUGCUUCAUGCUACAGUUUAUGGAUUGCUUACUAAUACGUCUAGCGCUGGGCCAUGGAAUCGGGGACAUCAAGAAAGGGAAUGCUAGCCUGCAUGGCAGGCGCCGGUUAGCUUUUUGCUUACCCGCCUUUAUUGAGCGCGCGAGGGAAACGCGCAAAGGGGAGAGCCCUCCUCUCCUCGUGCGCGGGCGCGUUCUCGAAAUUUCUUCCUCCGCCCCCCAAAAAUCCUGCGCCUGCUAUAAAAACUAGUAGUUAGCUGGCGUAGUAGGCAGUUUUGUUUGUCGGGCGUGCAAAUAAACGGGUAAGACGCUUUUUCCUCGCUGUCUCCUUUUCAUCCUCCGCUUUUUCCUCGCUGGCUCACUCAGCUACGCAGCCACUGAGUGUUCGUCCGGUUCAAUACCAGCGUAAUAACGAGAAGGGCGUAUGGCCGAAUUCAGCUUUAGUUUUUAUCCGUUUUCUGUGAUAUGAAAAUAAGCAAUGGGUGAGAAAUACAGUCUGUUGGUAGUAAGAUGAUAGAGCUAAACGACACAGUUAAAAUGGUCACUUUUCAACGCGUUUCUACUCUUGUCACGGAACAUCGCUCGCAUGUCGACCCUUAGUGAAUCCCUUGAGUGCGUAGAGGUACCUGCAAGUAGUCAAAACUUGCCAAAGUGUAAUAAGGAAACAAACACUAUACCAACUCCGUAAAUUCGAACAGCCAUAUCUCUCCGGAAAUGGCAGCCAUAUAGACAGAGAAAGACAUGCAGGGAGUCAAGCAGAAGUAUUUGAAAGCAAGAUAGUCGGGAUUGCUAUUCCAAACUUUUCAAAGUUAUAUUCGUAUUUCACAAUGAUUCAUGAGACGUUUUUAUCGAGUAAAAUAGCCUUAUUGUUAGCAUUAUAGUUUAAAAUGAACAAGACCAUUUGCAACAAAAGAGUCAAACGCCUGUCUUUAAUGUUUGCAAAGUCCGUAACCUGCGUUCAAGCGUUAUUUUUUUCGGGGAAGCGUGAAUUUCGGCUGGAAACGGAAGAAAGAACGCGUGAUCGCAGGUUACAAAAUCCGUAACAACGUCAUCCGGCCACCUUUUCAACCUUCCCUUGUUUAUGAAUGAAGAAGAUUACAAGAGUGGCUAACCCCUCUUCAAUCAUUUUGCUGCGUUUCAUGCAAAGCAACGCUCUAUACUACAGAGCACGUAUGUUCGUUAAAAGGGUUCUGUUCACUCCCUUAUUAGACAUUUAUUUUUACCUUUAGGGAAAGUUUGAUCCUUUUCGGGCUGAGUGCAGUAUAUUACAUUUUGACGGCUGUUGUAAAUCCUACAGUAGUUCACAGGUAAGUCACGAGGACAGAUGAACUCUUUCGAGAUAUUGGUUGUUUACCAUUUACCACACAUUCCAGGAAAUUGCGGUUGGGAUGCAAAUGGUAAACGUUUUUUUUGGUUCGUCCCACUGGAAAAUUCCCGGGACAAACGGAAAUUCUGAAAAGGUGGUCCCGUUUUCCUCGUUGGGACGUUCCGAAAGGAAAUUCGUUUACCAUUUACAAGUUUCUUGAGUUUCGCACUAGUUUCAUGUUGUAACUAGAAUCCAGUCUAGCGCGGCGCGACAAUCCGGAAAUUUUAGGCAAAUGGUAAGCGACACGUACCGUUCUUACCAACCGAAAAUUCCCCACCAAAAUUUCCGGAAUUUUUUUAUAAAUUGUAAACAAACAUUUUCUAUGACUUCCUUGGGAACCAGAGGUUUUCUUUCUUGCGUUCAGCGAGAUACUUCGGUGUCGGCCGAAGGCCGAAGUCGCGAGCAGCGAAACCGCGAAAAAAUCUUUUAGCACGCGUCAUUAUCAAGACUUGACCGAAACUGGAAACCGCGCAUGAGACGUGUCCAGUACCCAAGAUAUUUUUUGACUUCUUUUAUAAGAAUAACAAGGCAAUAAACCCAGGGUGCUUUCACUUUUCCUUACAAACUAAUCAGUAACCAGUAACCCCAACCAUAGCUAGUAGUUUUUUUUUGUUUAUCUUGUCGGCAGAUAUGUGUUCAUUGCAGCCAUGGGAACGCUCUCUGUUGCACACCUAUACAGACAAAUAACAAACUAUGGCGUACAUGCGGUGGAUUUUUCAGGGUGAGUGACAAACGCGACUAAAAUGUCUUUUACCUGCGUGGCUCCAUUCGCCACUUUAGAAAAGAGAAGUGGACUGGAGCCGAAAUUUGUCUCGCAAUUAUAUCUGGGAUCGUUAUUUGGGACGUACUGGUCAGCGGAUUUUCCCUGUCCCUAGUAACAGUCCCAGAGGUCUUUGCAAAAGAUCAUUCUCCUCAAUUUCGAAAAUCCUUAAAUAACGAUGACCGAGAUCAGGUUUUAUGAGCCCGCGAGACUAAGCACCCCACCCAAACCCUUUUUUUCACUAAAACCGCUGGACGCCACAACCUUGUUGAGGUCAUUGUUAUCUAAGGUCUUCCCUCAAUUUCCUUCUCGUUUCUAAAGUGGGGAAUGGCGUGGAGCCCGGCAUUUGUGAAAUAUUUUGUUAAUGGCUGCUAUUUAUUUUCUAUGUUUUAGACCAUUGAUGUUAAUCGUGCAGAGGGUUAUCUACAUAGCGUACAAUUUACAUGAUGGUAAGUUAAUCUCAAACAAAAAUGUCCUGCGCUAUUUGAUGUCGAUAAUAGCAGGCGAGGAUAAGGUGUUUGGCAUUUUGCACUCGCUCGAAAAAGUACUUUCAACGAUUGAGCGCCGCACCUAUAAAUGCCACAUGACAACAACAAUAGAAAGUAAAACGCGCCGCAAGAAAAAGUAUUUCGUUCUUUCGGUCUUACUGGCCCUCAUAUAAGCACCACACUGGGUGCUAAAACGCGGCGCUCUUUUCGAAUGCUGAAUAGGUAAAAUGUGGUCUGUAAGCCUAUACCAGACGAUACCAGACCAUGUUAAACUGCAGUUUUGCUGUCCUAUGCAGGCUACAAUUCUUCAUACCACUGUUCAAUAUCCCAUAUAUGAGCAAUGAUACCCUUUCGUAGACCAAAAUCCUCAGAUUCCUGUACUCUAUUCCAGACUAAAGCACUUGAAAAUCUUGGAGUUCAGGGAAGCUUUUUCCAUGUCGGUGGUGGUAGUGUUAGAUAAGCCAAUGCUUACUCAAUCUGUUCUCUUAAACAGGCUUUGUGACGGACGAAAACAAACUUACAGAAGAACAAAAGAGAGAAAAACUAAAGUGAGCUACUUUUGAUAUUUGUUCUGUUUGUUUUUUUGUUGUUUGUUGCAUGACCUUUUUAUCAAGAUUGACGUUUAUAUAACCUCACACCAAUUUAUCUUUUAUUUCUAGGAAAGUGCCAUCUUUACUAGAAUACUUCAGCUACAUUUUCCACUACAGCAUGAUUCUAGCUGGACCUCUUUGUACUUUCAAAGAGUUCAAUGAUUUUAUCGAUGGCUCAGAUAUCCGACCUAAGGUAUGAAUCAAACGUUGGUCUAGUUUCUUCUUCCCUCAAACGUUUUUGGUGGGACAGUAACGUACGUUUAGAAUCGCGAUCUAAACCGACGUUUGACAAUUCAUUUCGAUACUCGAUAUCGAUACUAUGACCUCGCCACGCAAGAAUUUCUAAGAGUGCAUUCCUAUAUGGGAAUCUGAGAGUAGAUAGCGGUCCCUUUUUGCGGAAAUAUGAAUCUUUAUUCGUUUCUUUUCAGUCAAAAAUCAAAAAGCUAUUAUUGUUCCAAAUGAUCUACAGUGAAGGUGGAUUCUUUCGAUAAUAUCUAAAAAAAAAACCAGACUCCCAGGAGACAUGAUCCAAGGGUGUUGCUUUAUUCGGAUCCGAGAAGAGGGAAUAUACAGAGCCACCAUAUUUUAAAACUGGGCAGGGAUCCAGCAACAGAUAGAUCUUUGUAAACAGACUAUAAAGACGUACUUCCCGUAAACAAUUUGGUUGGUGCGGAUGCAAAACGCUUUGCAUUACCAUCCUGGUGUGAGUGCCCGAUGCAUGAUUUACAAUGAUUUUUUGGUUUAUUUGGAGUUUUGGCAAAGAAGGGCAGCCUUUGACAUGACCAGGACGUCUAUGAAAGGCAUCGAUCGGGCAAGGCAAAUUCACUGUCGGGUUUUGAUUGGCUACAGGAGUGAACAAUGGGUCCGUCGUACCCGCUUGGGAAUGCCUGCUUUCUAGGUCCAUAAAAGCGCAAGAAAAAGUUUGGCCAAAAUCAGGCCAUCUUGACCUCACCCGUAAGCAAUGACGCAUAUGUUUAGUUCUCAACUUUAUGAUUGUGGAGUACGAUCUAACUUAAUUGUUAGAGCUGUGCAUGUGUAACCAGCUAGCCUGCGUAGCAAGCGUUUCCGCGCGAGUUCGUCGAGAACGUUGGGACGAGAGCAAAAAAAAAAAAAAAGGAAUGACGGGGGAGGGGGAGGGGAGAGAAGGAAACGCUUGCCCGCAAACCCCACGAUUUUGAAAAACUGCGUACGCCCACAAACGCAGUUUUUGAUUGGUGCGGUGCUGGUAGUGUUGACUCGAAACAUCAAUCAAACCAGGUAUGUUUUGUUUACGUGCCUCGCAGACCUGGUUUGAUCGUAUUUGUGGUCGCAGAUUACAAAUGCUUUGGUCUGAUAUUUAUUUGAAUCAUGUUUGUGCGAAGGUUUAUCAGAUCUGAGUCUCUUCGAUCAAAAGUAUAAUUGGAGAUCGAGCACUGGAGACUAGUGAAGGCCAGUUUAUUGGGAAUGACGGCGUGCGUAUCUGACUGGAAAAAAUGGUCUGUUUGUUGGAGAUAACAUCAAAUAAAUCAGAACAUCAAAACUAGACACUAGCUAGCGCCGCCAUGGAAAAGUGAUUGGAAAUUGAGCAGCAUGUACUGAAGAGAACUUUUCGACACUGGCUAGCCUAGGAAAAGAGCCGCUCUGCAAAAAUUAUAGCCGGCGGAGUAAAUUGUUCCGGAUAAAUCAUUUCUUUGCGACGUUUUGAGAAGGGUUCAGAUGAGAAACUGUAAAGAACAAGAAAUUCCGCAGCAAUCGCUUAGAGUUUCAACUUUCUUUUAUCGUAAAGCUUCUUUUUAUUACAGUUUUGCAAUCGCGUGGAGUGUGUUUUAGGGAACAAAGUAAAUUUUUCAAAUCUGGUAACCUAUUAGUUAUCUAUCCUGACGAGCUGUCAAUUUACAAAUGAACCGAACCGUGAAAUAUCCAGGGGUGUUUUCCAGAAUCGUGGGGUUUGCGGGCAAGCGUUUCCUCUUCUCCCCUCUCCCUCCCCCUUCCAUUUUUUUUUGCUCCCGCUUCAACUUUCGCGCCAUACCUCGACUGGAAACGCUUGCUACGCAGGCUAGUAGCCAGCAUGAGUUGUGAUUGAGGAAGCCUUACGAUAUAAGCCCUGUGGUUUGUAUUUAAGGCUUCCUCGCCUCUUUCGUUCUGUAGUGUAUAUUUUUUCUUUCUUUCUUUGUACAUUUUGUGUGGCAAAAUAAAAAUAAAUACAAAUUAAAUACAAAUUAUUGUUCUGCCCCUUAGAGACCUGGAGAAAAAGAGCCUUCACCUUUGGUAAGGAUUGAUAUGUGUUCUACAUUGCUCUUUACGUGUCAGCACACAGACAGGUUUUAACGCUCAGGUCAAGUGUUGUUUUGCUCCGACAGGUGGAUGUCAUUCGGAAGUUAUCAUCAGGUUUUUUGUGCGUCUUUAUCUUAUUCUUUACUGAGGAUGAUUAUCCAAUACCUAGAAAUGCAGGUAAUUAAAAGACCAUUCAGCUAAUUCUAUUGCAUUCAACGUAGUAUGCUCUGUAAUAAUCAUGAGGGUGGGGGGGGGGGGGGGGACGAUCUAAAAUACUAUUGCAAUUGGCCAUUUUUAGAACUGAGAAGGGAACUGGAACCGAAAUGUGUCCCGGCCGCAAUUGUUUCUGGGAUUGUUACUUGGAAAGCGCCGGUCAGCUGUUGGGCAACUUUUCCCGCUGUCUCUAGUUACAGUCCCAGAAGUCUCUGUGAAAGUUGACUUUGGCCAGUUUUUUUACGUUUCUUAACUGACGUCAUAGACGUCACGCAAGACAGUGGCGCGGCAGCCUAGCUGUUUUGGCAUGAGUGCAGAACCCAAGAAAAUGGUGAAAGAGGUCACGGCUAUGUGAAGACGAAAUAGCAAAAUGAACAAAAAAAUUCUAUCUUUUUGCUAAAUGUGCACGUGUAUAUGAAACUUGAAAACAAUGCUAGUGAAUAAUGAGGACGCUCACUUGUAAACACAAAAUCUGAAGGGGAAAAUUGGCUAUAUUUGAGGCCCUAUUUAAAAGCCUUCCCUGUUUUCAAUGUUCUUAAAACUUCCAGGGAAUAUUUCUUGACGAUUGAUCUCGGGAUUGUCGAAUUUAUAGAAAAAUUUAUCGAGCGGUUUUUGGAAAAAUGCGAAAUUAUUAGGCAUGGACCAAAUUACGUCCAAAAACUGUAUCAAAAGCAGCUAAAUGCAAGUUAAUAAAAUUCUUCUUACUCGCGAUCGCCCAGAGCAAUUCCCCUCUUUUUUCGUAUGCGGUUUUCAAUGGAUUCAAACGACUAUGAGAUGAAGCCUCGUUCUCAAAGCUUAUCAUUUUCUUAAAAUAUUAGCCAAUUGUGUAGGCAGCAUGCUAUUUCACUGUUUUUAUUAUUCUUAAAACUACAUUUCAAAAUAUUUCGAAAACGCUCUCAUAGAGUUUGUUCAAACUAUGCCAUAAUGGGGGCAAUUAUAGCAGGUACAUACUCCCUAAAGCGAUUUCUUCAAAAAAUUCCUGAAACAGAGAAACACAAAGAUAAAUGAAAAACGUAAUGACGUCAUUACGUUGCCAUGACGACUCCGAUUGCAAUAAAACCCAGAUCAUUAGAAAUUUUCAUCUUUAUAUAAUACAGUUGUGGUAACCUUUUUUCCAUAUCUUUACUCAUGCCGACGUAGUUAAUGCUCAAAGUUGGGAGGUUCAACCCCAAAAAAUCCAGUCGAGCCACCUUAAUUAUAUUCUACUUUGAUUACGCUGUACAUUAGAUUUAAGGUGUAAAUUUGCUUUUCCUUCUUGCGUUUUUAUCCGCCCCAAUAAAUACGUUAAACACAUCCUGCAUGGACAAUCAAGUAAACUGACAUUUCUCUUUAAUACUUUUUCAAUUCGUAACGACAGAUCCUCAGUUUAUUUCAACUCAGCCUUUCUACUGGAGGGUUAUCUAUGGCUGGAUAAGUGCUACAGUUGCUAAGCUAAGAUAUUACUUCGCUUUUAAAGUUUGUAAGUUGCAUCAGUUUAAUUAUGUUUGUCCUUCUAUUGAGAAGCCUAGCUUAACAACUGACCUCACAACUAUUCCGGGCGUUAGCCUUUCAUCAUGCAGGACGAAUCUAGGAAUUGCGGAUAUAAAAAAUGAAUUUAUAGGGGUAACCCUUAAAUCCCAGUUCGAUGAUACAAGGUUCCCUCUCCGAGGGUCUGGUUGUUGAAACGGUAACUCCCGUCAAGUUAAAGGUUCUCAAAUUGCAUUAGCUUUAAACGUCAUUCUUAGCUCACGCUGUCCUUCAGCCGAGUUGGUCAUCACAAUCAUUAUCAUUUCUUUCAUCGUCAUUAUCAUCCUCAUUAUCACCAUUAUAAUAGUUACCAUUAUCAUCAUCGUUAUCAUUACCAUUUCUCUUUUGUUUCAGCGGAGGCCGUGAAUAAUCUUGCAGGAUUAGGAUUUAAUGGCUUUGACGAGAAUGGAAAAGCCAAGUGGGACCGCAUUACGAAUAUUAACAUUCUUAAAUUUGAGGUAGGUCUUCCUCUUUCCCUGUUCCACUUUUUGCGGUUUUCGGGUUGGCUUCUCUUAGUUUUCGUUUAAGCCUUUUAUCCAGAACAUCGGCCGCUUGACGUUGAUGAUAACAACGUUGGGAUCCCUUUCCCCAACCCCCGCCCCACCCCCCCCCCACCUCCCACCUCGUGCCACAAACCCAGUCGACCAAGCAGGGAGUCUAAAUUGCGCCAAAUCACAGCCCAUGGUUCAUUAAGGCAAAUUCAGCAAGGUCAGUCCGGCAGAAAUCGACCCUCAAGCGCGAUAAAGGCAAACCACAAGGAACCAAUCAACAUUCAUUACUGCAAAUGGUGAGUUAUGUUAAAUUUGCCUUUUGUUUUCUUCCCGUUCGUACAGUUUGCUACAAACAUUAAGAUGGUUUGCGACAACUGGAAUAUAUCUACCGCCCUGUGGUUAAGAAGGUUAGAAAACGUCAAUUCAUUUACGUUGGGCAAAUCCCCAUUGUAUUCUAUACUAGGUAAUAUUUUUGUUCUUUUUCAGAACUGUAUAUGAACGAUGUUCUCGGCACAGGACCCUAGCGGUGUUUAUUACGUCAUCUGUCUGGCAUGGAUUCUAUCCGGGAUACUAUAUGAUGUUUUUGUCGCUUGCACUAUUCAUAGAGGCGGCAAGAAUGGCAAGUAUAUUUUAGCCUGUGAGCAAGCUCUCCAUUUGGGGGAGUCACGUGAAUUCACGCGACAGCCGCACUCGAAAGGAGACGCGCGUUUGGAGUUCGCCGGUCGCCUGCGCGUUCUCUCGUGGCCUGUCUCCAAAGUAGCCGUUAAAAAAACCAUAGGGUACGACCGUUGCUUUUUUUUCUGUUUUCCUCCUUCCCCUUCCAUCUAUUUCUCUUUUUUUUCCUUUCCAUUUCCUGUUGUGCUGGUAUUUUCCCUGUGUGUCGGACCCCAAAAAAGUGCCUUUAAAACUCGCACGGGAUUUUACUGAUUGUUUAUGUUAUGUCGUUUUCAGGGUCGCCGAGUGUUCAGACCUUACUUUCAGAAAUCAUAUGCCAUGGCUUUGACGUAUGACGUGAUCACAUGCAUUGUCACAGUAUUGUCUGUUGCUGAGGGUGGGGUACCCUUUCAACUGCUACAGCUGCGAAUGAGUCUUGAUUAUUGGAGGUAUUUAACAGAGUAAUUAGUUUUCCACGAACAUGCACUUUUUUCCCACCAAGAAAACUGAAUUUGUGAGCGAAUGGCUAUUUCGAGACCGAACGACUUUUCGAGACCCUCUGCUGGUCACUGUAUGUAUGUGAUGUCCUUUUUUGGAAUACUGUGGGUUGCAUUGAUUCUGUUUACCCAAAUGGUUACCCAACCGAGUAGGAGAGGACCCUGGGAACGAGGUUGAUGGUUACCACCUAACGUACUAACCAGCCAGUGCCCGGUUAUUUCAUUCAUUUCGGUCCUCCGCCGGGCCACCUGGUGGGAAAUCAUGGGGUUAUUGGACGUUCGCCUUGUAACCUUCAUCCUCUCCCAGUGUCAUUUUGAAAGGCACGUAAAAGAGUAAAGCAGAACAACCAAAAAGAAAACAAACAAACAAAAUCCUAGAGUAAGCAUUAGCCUCCUUGGCAAGCGCAUAAGAGAUAUGAGUCGCGAAAUAAACUGCAGGAAAGAGGUAGCUUCCUCUCUCCUCCCGCGCAUCCUCCUCCCUUCCUAUAGAAUCCUAGAGCAGGCACUAGCAUGCGCAACAGGCGCAAUGAAAAUGAAAAGGCGCGCGAUAAACGAUACGCCCACGAAAGAACAAGGCACUCAGGGGCGGAUCCAGGGGGAGGGUGCAGGGAGUUCGCACCCCCCCGAGAUGACCUGCAAAAAAACUAUGUGGUUUAUUGGUGUUGAAGUAGAGCAAGAGACGAGUGCACCCCCUCCUACGAAAAAUCCUGGCUCCGCCCCUGGCACUUGAAGAGAGGGGUAGCUUCCUCUCACCUCGAGAACAAUAAUGAGGGAUAGUGAUAAUGGAGAACUCAACCCCCUUCCCCCUAACAAGGUGUCGGUCGUCUCAUGAUCACUCGUGGUGGGCUUACAUUCCAUUCCGCAAAGCUAUUUCGGUGUUUGUACACAAACCUUCCGCUUAUUUCAGACUCAAAUUGAGUCGAUAUUUUUAUUUAUGUCUUGUAGGUCAUUGUACUUUUAUGCGCAUAUUUGGUCUGUGUUCCUUAUCCUAUUUUGUCGCAUGCGCGGUAUGAGGCCAAGACCUACAGAGAAGCAACAGAAAGACGAGCCUACAGUGGAAAUGAAUAAGAACUGGAUAGACAAAUUGGAGCACAAGGGAGGAAGUGCAGAAGUGAACUACACAAAAAGAGUCAAACUUAAUUAACUGCCAAUAAAUGUACUUCGUUCAGUCUUAAAAUACUUUUUAUUAAUCAAAAUUAAA